UGCUGCAACAUAUGUGUAAGUAAAAUAAAUAAAAUAACUUUUUGUGAUACCAAAUAACUAAAUUUUUAGUUCCACUGUAGAUGCUUAGGAGGCAAACUGAAAGGUUAUAACUUUGACAAAUACAUUACAAGCGUGAAGGGAUCAGUUGGGUUGACCUUUGGGCUAUACCUCAAGCUAUCAAUGGGGUUAGCCUACAUGGUAAGGCCCAAUGACAAGUUACAUUGGCCAUCCAUAUGAAUGUCUGCCUAAGGCCCAUUAAGCAUAUGAGAGAGUGAGAGAUCAGAAAGGACAACAAAAUGAUAAAGGCAAGAACCAUUGGUCAGAUGAAGCACAAAAGAAAAGACAAUGGGUAUGGGGCAAUCUCUAAAAUUCAACAAAGUUCAACAAAUAUUUAAUGGAGAGAGAAAGAGAAUGAAUGAUUUGCAAGAGAUUUGGAGGAAGGUAAAAGGAAGGGAGACUGAGAUGGGCUCUUGUUGGGCUCUUCUCCAACACCAAGUACUUAUUUAAGCAGACAAAAGCAAGUAGUGGAGUUCGAAGAGAGUAAGAGUGUCUCAUUCUGUUUUCUUUUAACAAUACCCUCGUAACUUCUCUGCAUUCCAUCUCUCUCUCUCUCUCUCUCUCCAUUGGAUACUCUCUUGUCUUUCACAUAAGCUUCUUUGGAAGAAUGGAAGGAGAAGAAGGAUCAUCUGCCACACCAAAUGUAAAUAAAAGAAUAUUCAAAAGAAUAUGUGUUUUCUGUGGUAGUAGAGCUGGAUACAAAUCUACAUUUGGUGAUGCAGCUCUUGAGCUUGGUAAACUGCUGGUUAAGAGAAAGAUCAAUUUGGUUUAUGGUGGAGGAAGUGUAGGUCUAAUGGGUUUGAUCUCUCAGACUGUGUUUAAUGGAGGUUGCCAUGUUCUCGGAGUGAUUCCUAAAGCUCUUUUGCCUCAUGAGGUACUAUUUCAUGCCUAUAGUAUAUACUGUGCUUUCUUUAUCUAUCUUCUUUAUGAAAUAUUGGAACUGAUCAAACCCCACUUGCAGAUAUCAGGAGAAACCAUAGGAGAAGUGAAAGAAGUUGCAGAUAUGCAUCAAAGGAAGGCAGAAAUGGCAAAACAUGCCGAUGCAUUCAUUGCUAUUCCGGGUGGUUAUGGAACCAUGGAAGAAUUGUUAGAGGUGAUAACAUGGUCUCAACUUGGAAUCCAUGACAAACCAGUGGGCUUGUUGAACGUAGAUGGAUAUUAUAAUAGCUUGCUUGCCUUAUUUGAUAAAGGAGUGGAAGAGGGUUUCAUAGAGGAUUCAGCAAGACAUAUUGUGAUUAUUGCCAAUACUGCAGAUGAACUCAUAAAGAAAAUGGAGGAGCAUGAGCCUGUCCAUGACAAGGUAGCACCGGGACAAAGUUGGGAAGUGAACCAAUUGUUAGAGUCUAAUGUGGGAAGCCCAAAGAUCUAAGAUCUUAAUCACCAAUCUGUAUAUAUUGCAUAUAUAUGUUGGUGUAAUUCCAUUUAAUCAAAGAGAAACAAGAUGGCAAAAGUAGCCAAAUAUCUCUCUAUCACUCUAUCUUCCUCUCAAAGUGGGAAAAUCCCAAGAUCCUAAAAUUUUAAUCAUCCAUUUGUAUAUUCAUGAACGUAUGUAUUUAGCAGCUGUGUUAAAAUCAGUCAGUAAAUCUAUUCUCUCUC